AUGGCAUCGUCGCAUCCAAUGUCCCUGCGGGACCGACAAGGACCGGCCAUUGACAGUGUUGCAGUCUCUAUUCAAAAACUCCUCAACUUGAAUCAUGACCCCCGUCCGGCUGAUGAUUCGGCGCUGGACUCGUCCGCGCACGGCGGCCUGAUCUCUCACUCCACCCCGAUCUUGAAUGAAGACGGGGAUCCAAUCUGGAAAGUCCUGGUCUUUGACAACUUGGGCCGCGAUGUCAUUAGCAGUGUGCUGCGCGUCAACGAUCUCCGGGCGUGGGGGAUCACUAUUCACCUGUACGGCAGCACUCCCCUCUUAAACAUCAACUCGCAACGAUAUCCUAUACCCGACGUCCCCGUGGUCUACCUGGUUGAGCCGACGCAGGAGAACAUCCAGGCGGUCGCACAUGACCUGUCGCAUGGCCUCUACUCCCCUGCCUACGUCAACUUCUUAUCCUCCGUUCCACGGCCACUUCUCGAGGACUUCGCCUCCCAAAUAGCUACAUCUGGCGCAUCCGAACACAUUGCGCAGGUCUUCGAUCAGUAUCUCAACUUCAUUGUGGCCGAGCCGGAUCUGUUUAGCUUGGGACUGGGCAAAGAUGCAUACUGGAAGAUCAACAGCCCCAAGACCAGCGACGAGGAUCUGGACGCCAUCGUCGAUAAGGUCGUGAGUGGGUUGUUCAGCGUGAGCGUCACAAUGGGUAUGUUGGAAGGCUCUUUUGCAAUGAAGUGCUUGACUAACAAACUAGGUACUAUCCCCAUCAUCCGAUGCCCGAAAGGUGGUGCGGCAGAAUUGAUCGCUACAAAACUGGACCGAAAACUGCGCGAUCACAUCCUCAACUCCAAAGACAAUCUGUUCUCUGGUGGUCAAAAAGCCCUGCCGGGGGUGCCUUCAACUCGGCCAGUACUCAUCAUUAUGGACCGCAACGUCGAUCUCGUUCCGAUGCUGUCACACUCCUGGACGUAUCAGUCGUUGGUGCAGGAUGUUCUUGAGAUGCGGUUGAACCGAAUCACUGUGGACGCAGAUGAGGGGGGCAAGAAGUCAUAUGAUGUCAACAGCAACGACUUCUUCUGGCAGCGCAAUGCCGGGGCUCCUUUCCCUCAAGUGGCGGAGGACAUCGAUGCCGAGUUGACACGCUACAAGGAGGACGCCAACGACAUCACGAAGAAGACAGGUGCUUCUUCGAUCGAGGAUCUCCAAAACGAUACCAGCGCAUCUGCGCAGCACCUCAAGGCCGCUAUCACUCUACUGCCCGAACUGCGGGAGCGCAAAGCUGUCCUCGAUAUGCACAUGAAUAUCGCGACCGCGCUUCUCAAGGGCAUCAAGGAUCGGCAGCUUGAUAACUUCUUUGAGCUGGAGGAAAGCAUCACCAAGCAAUCCAAGUCACAGCUGUUGGAGCUGAUCAAUGACCCGGCUAAGGGCAAUAACCCGACGGACAAGCUCCGUCUGUUUAUCAUCUGGUUCCUCAGCACCGAGACUGAGCUGAACCGCACAGAAAUGACACAGUUCGAGGAGGCGCUCUCCAAGGCCGGUGUUUCGGACGUUAGCUCUCUUGCCUACGUGCGCCAGGUGCGUGAGAUCACACGUAUGACGAUGAUGACCACCUCGGCACCACAACAGCAAUCUUCUGAUUUGUUCCGCGGGUUCUCUUCGCUCUCGAAUCGCCUUACGGACCGCAUCACUUCCGGCGCCCUGGGUGCCAAUUUUGACUCGCUCAUCUCCGGCGUCAAGAACUUCCUGCCCGCCAACAAGGACCUGACUGUGACCAAGAUCACCGAAUCAAUCAUGGACCCGGCCGCGGCAUCUAGCUCCGCCAUCGCCAAGACAGAAAACUACCUCUACUUCGAUCCCCGGAGCGCCAACGCGCGCGGCGCCAUGCCCCCCGCCUCUGCGUCGCGCAACGCUCAGGCUCCGGGUGCGACGGGUGGGUCCGGUCCCGGUACUGGGGCCAGCUUCGGCCAGCGUCGUCAGGCGUUCAGUGAAGCUAUUGUGUUUACGGUUGGUGGUGGAAGCAUGGAUGAGUACGGUAAUCUGCAGGACUGGGUGCGGCGAACCAGCGGCCAAGCAGGGCAGGAGGGUGCAUCAUCCGCUCAGCGUGCAGGGGGCGCGCCCGGAACGCGGCGACGAGUGGUCUACGGCAGUACGGACUUGCUGAAUGCCAGCGAGUUCUUGUCGGAAUCCUUGGCCGCGCUCGGCCGGGAGAGCUGA